AUGGCCGUCCGGCUGUGGAAGCUGGUAGGAAUACGGAUGAGGCAGAGGAACAAGUGGGAAGGGGUGAAAUUUUCGCAGAGGCUGGGAAUGGAUCCACAGAGCCAGGAUCUAUUUACCUUACACGUUUAUUCUCUUCCAGUCUAUUUACCUUACACUUUUAUUCUCUUCCAGUCGUUCAUGAAUCGACCCAACAAUGCCUCUUUCUUUCUGGGUCAGAAGGGGGCGUUCAAAAAAGCAGUCAGGCCGGUGACACCGGAAAUGAUAGAGGAGGAGGAGCCACCGAGGACGACGAAGGAGCAGGCCUCGUGUAUCCACAAUAUGGCGCUGGCUGCGGCAUUCCUGGUACCCAUACUGUUGAUAGCGGGCGCCCUUUCUUUUGGCACCACAUACUGGUUCAACAUCAGCCCCUUCCACGUGGGUUUGUUCGUGCGAUACAAUAACUGGACAACACUAUCCGAAUCCGUUGACCAAUUCUACUCCAACGACACCAUCUCCGAAUUUGAUCAACUAAAGAAGACCUGGACUAUCGGUCGACCUCUACUGAUAGCAGGUGGCAGCAUGUUCGUGGUCAGCUUCAUCGGACUGGCGCUCUACCCGUGUCAUAGGACCAUCAAACUGAGCAAGAUCACCAUGGCCUUCGUCGUGGCAGUCGUCCUCUUGAUAGCCUUGGCCUUGUAUAUAGCCGGCAUGGCGAUGUUUAUAUCGUACGCAGUCAAAGGAUACAACGGCGCUAAAAUCCAAUGGUCUUUCUACAUGUCCUCCAUCGCGUGCGGAUGUGGUUUCCUAGCAACGCUGCUCUUCUGGUUGCACGUCAUCUACCAGUACUGCUGUGACUACCGUUAGCGUCGGAAGUGUUUGUUGUAUUUUUUAGAAGAAAACACCGAAACAAACAUUUUUUAUUUCUUCUUUGUUUAAGUUUGUUUGAUCAUUUCUUAACAUUUGGUUCAUAUCAGCCGAAUCAUAUCAAAUUUUAAGGAUAGUGAACAUGUAUUUUAAUAUGUUUUUACCAGUAUUCAAAUCUCCAUGCAGACCGUUCGCUUUGAAAUCAAAGUGGUACAAAAAACGUCGCAAACGUUUACGUACCUCGUUCUACUUCUUCGUCGUUUAAUCUGAAACAAACAUAUUCGAAAAUAGGGUAAGAGCUGCCCUCUCUUUUCAAAAUCAACAAUUUAUGAUUAUAAAACUUACCACAUUCUACACGUUUAAUAACGACGUAAUUCCUGGCAUAUAGUCUACAUCCAGUAUAUAUUAUAGUAUGUUAGUUUAAAGAAAAUCUGAACAGCUGUAUGUUAAUAAGCAUCACAAAUCAUUUACUUAAAACAAUAGAACAGUGAAUAGAAAAAAACGUAUUUUUUCCAAUAUUGCAAUGCGUAUGUCAUAAAUAAUAUAAUAAUACCUUAAUAUAACCGGUCCUUGCAAAUAUCUUAAAAACUAUAGUUUUGAAAGUUUAUGUCGUUUAAGUCUGACACACAUAUGGCAUUGACGUAUGUGAAUUAUUUACGCCAGUUAUGCAUGGCCCAUAACAAGAGACAUUAAACCAAAACAAAAAGUUCAAUUUCGUAACAGCAUAAACAUUUUGAUAAAUCAAUCAUUAGCGAUUUAAAUGAUGCAUAUGUAUGUAAAUAAAAAUAAUGUUAUUUAUUUAUUCAGGUUAUUCAUGUAUUUGUAGUAAAUGUUAAUGUAAAUAAAUGUUAAGUAUUAUUGUGUAGCACAUGAGUUUCUUUGCGAAAAUUAAUUAAAAUCCCUGAACAAGUAUCAGGCCAGAGCGACCUGAUAAUCCUUUGUGCCAUACGGAGGGAACACCAGAACGACCUAACUAUCCUAAAUGAUAGACAAACGGUAGACCUGGACGUCCUUACUAUCCUUAGUGGUAGAAAAACGGAAGACCUAAAUAAAAUUGGCGCUUUCAGAUCUGCAGUUUGUCUAUCACUUAGGAUAGUAAUGUCGUUCAGGUUUUUCGUUUGUCUGUAACUAAGAAUAGUAAGGUCUUUCAGGUCUACCGUUUGUCUAUCACUAAGGAUAGUAUGGUAGUUCAGGUCUUCUGUUUGUCUAUCACGAAGGAUAGUAUAAGGUCGUUCGGGUCUGCCGUUUAUCUUUCACUAAGGAUAGUAAGGUUGUUCAGGUCUACCCUAAGUCUGGUACUAAGGAUAGUAAAGUCGUUUAGGUCUUCCAGUUGUCCAUCACCAAGGAUAGUAAGGUCUCACAAUUCUACCGUUUGUCUAUCACUUAGGAUAGUUACUAGUAUAUAUUUGGUUAUUUUGGUGUUUCGUUGUACUUGAUAUGGGUUGAGUGACUUCCCUUGUUUUGAAUACAUUCAUUGAAGUUGUUUAAUAAACGUUUUGCCGAAGAUUAUUUUGUCUUUCAAUCCUAAGGUUCCUACUAACUACUGGCGAAGACCUUACUAUCCUUAGUGGUAGACAAACGGAAGGCCUGACCGACUUAACUAUCCUUAGCGAUAGAAAAACAGAAGACUUGACUGACCGACCGGACAACCUUUAGUGGGGUAUAGUACCAGAAAGGCCGUUUACCAAAAAGGCCUUCCCAAAAAGGCCGCACCAAAAAGGCCGCAUAUGUGAACCAAAAAGGCCUCGUGGUAUACCAGAAAGGCAAUACAAUAUUUAAUUUUAUCAUUGAAUAGUAAUGCUGAAUAUAAUUAUCAUAUCUAUUAAAUAGUCAUUACUUUUUUCAUAACUCUACUUAAAAGCCGUUAAUUUUAUAUUCAAAGUCGGCAAAAUUAUCGCCAAUUAUCGCAUACAGUAUGAAUUGUUCGUUAGUCACAAUAAUUUUUCCUUGAGAAAUAGAUGUUUCAUUUUUUAAUUAAAAGCCCUUAAUUCUGUAAUCAAAGUCGGCAUAAUUAUCGCCAUUUAGCACGAAGGAAUCAUCUUUUUAAGGAAAUUAUAUUUUUCUAUGAACUUUCUGUUUGCAUCUAAAAGAAAAUUAAUUAUAUAAGAAGACGAAAAACGUUUUAUCCAAAUCCGAUUUAACACAUAUCUACAAUAUGUUAGGUCAAAAUGACCCAUGAGCAUUGUUAUAAUUGUAUAACAUAGACAAUGUCGUCAAAAAGUAACAUACACAAUAUAUAGUGUACAACGUUAUUCUUAAUUACUAUGUACAACAAUAAAAUGAAUAAAAUAAAAUCAACGCAUAUGGAUUAGUGACUGCUUAAAGACAUAUAUUUAAUUAAGCACAUAGCAUAUUAUUAUGUAUUGUUAAUUUCCUCUUUAACUAUUUGUGCAAUGUUUAAAAUAUAAGAAGUUGAAAGAAUGUGCAUGUACAAAAAAACUCGCUAAUCAGACCGGGUAUUCAAGUGUCAUGGGUCAUUCACAGUUUGCGGCAUCUGUUUUGAUAACGGAUUAGUAGAAAGCCCACAUGUGGAGUAAAUUGACACUUAUUGGCACCUAUUGAUGAUUACUUGCGCAUUUAAAAAUAGUUUCUUAACUUUAAACGAUAUAAAACUAGCUACAUUCAAUUCCGAAGACUUAAACCGAAAGAAAUAAAAAUGCUUUAUUCUAUGUAAUAUUAUUAAAAAUUAUCACUGAUUGCCAAUAUUAUUACGCAUUUCAUAAGCAUUUAAAAUAAAUUUAGCUAAGGUUAUAAUGUCUAUUUUAUUAGCCGACUGCAUUAGAAUGUAAUAUUUAUUUAACGUUUGUCACCUUUGAAAAUAUGGUUUUAAAUGUUCCUUUCUAAUUUCUCUAUAAAGAGGACAAACAAGUUAAAAGUGAUACUCGUUUUCUAUAGCCUGUCCAUUGAAAAACAUACAUUUUCUAUUUUCACGUAGUAUCUUAUUAUAACGACUACUUUCGAUCUCUUAUUAAUGUGACGAUAAGCGAAAUCGUGUUAGUGAUUUUUUUGUAUUUCUUAUUUGUUAUAAAAUGAAGAAAUGUUUCUAACUCAAAUGUGUUUUAAAUCUACAAUAGCUCAUGAGUCUAGGGGAAUUAUUUAUCUCACUAUACCAGCUUUGCUUGAAGUUAUCUAAUUAACGUUGUUUAAAUGUAUUGUUGAUGAAUGUUUGAUCUGUUUGAUUUAUGAUAGUUGUUUGAUCCGCCCAUAUAUUGCUUAACCCAAGCUUGUCAAAAGUGUUUUUCUAUGUGUGAUGCACAAUUUCGAUGGUUAUAUGUGCAGUUUUGUUGUGCAACAUUGAAUAUCACAGAAUAUAUUGCGUAUUAUUAAUAGCGGGUAUCGUCAAUACACAGGCAUAACACAGACAGCAUACAGGGAGGCGAUGCGUCUCGGUGAAGUCACGUAUGUGUGUCGUCCAUGCAGAGAGGCAGAGGCCGUCGACAAUUUUGAUUUAAUAAAAAAAAGAAUUCACAUGUUUAACAAUAUUAUUAUGUAAUUAUGUUGUAUUGUGUCAGUGUGACAGUGCAAGUAUAUCGUCUGUAAAUGUUUGCUUGUAACCGUAUAUUUUGUUAUAUAAAUUGUGUGACUCUGCUUGUAC